UGUGUACUUUAUGAUGGCAAGCAAAAUGGAGUUAUUGUGUGUUAAACACAUGUAAUAACUUUAAAAAUUAUAAAGAUUUUUGUUCUCGCUCCUUCGAUUGCAUUCUGUUUUUCCACAGUUUCCCAUCAAUCUCUUUUCAGCGUUAACAACACUAUUCUUUGAUUGUAAUUCUUCACUUGACUUCGUGGUGCCGAAUUCAAGUUUGUUGCCUAAGUCUUUCGUUUGGCCAGCACAUUCUUUUGUCCAACUGCGCUUAGGCAUGAGUCUGCUAGCAAGUGUUUGGCCAAAAAUAAACAGCCCAAGGACCUCGACAUGUGUCUAUGGAAACUGUUGCAAUUGUUGUUCAAAUAUAAACAAACGAUAUGCGAGUGCUUUGCUCAGCCGGCUAACGGUAUAUGCUCGUAUGGUAUGAUGAUUGGUGAUAAAGUACCAGGCCAUAGGUGUGGAAACCGGUUGUCGGCAGUUGUCUCUUAACAUUCAUCGGGCACGCAAUCACUUUUGGGGAAUAGAAUAAUCUGAAGAAGAAGUAAUUAUCACUGGAAUCAUCGGGAAAACUAGACGCAAUUAAUAUCAAAAUGUACAAAUGCUAUUGCGGCGUAAUGGGAACAGGAAGUGAACGGCAGCAGCAACAUCUUGCGCUGCAUCCGGAGCGAGAUCAGCAUCCACGUGGCGAUCUCAGGUCGGUGACCUCAUCUUCCAGACAAAGCCUGCGACCCACCCAGUUUAUAAAGCGUCCAAGCUUGAAGACCCCGCCCAGAUUUGGCCUAGGACACUCCAGCACGGAGCUGGUCAAUGACUUCAGUCGCCGCAACUCCACAGCCACCACGGUGAGUCACUGCUCCAGCUGCAGCUGCAGCUCCUCCCAGCAACGCCAGCAAAGCAGGGCCAAGGUUUUGCGAUGGGGCUGGGAACGAACAGGCGGUAUUGACACCUCAAACACCAAUCACCAUGAUGGAUACACGGACAAUCGGCGGCUUUAUGAGCAGAGCGCAUGCGUCGCCAGUCGCCAGAGGAGCCAAGGUCAGGGUCAGGUUUACAGUGGCAACUCGACGCCAUCGCCACGCCCAGUUCAGUACCCCAACCAGCAGGCCACGGAUGAGCUGCAGCAACUGCAGGCCCUGCAGCACUUCCGCCUGAUGAACGUCGGCGAGUGCUUCAGUGAUGGCCGCCAGGAUGAGCUGCGUCUGCAGCGGGCCUAUGAUAAACUAAGUUGCGGUAACUCGGACAAGUGGAACAAGGAUCGGGCCAAUGAGAGCAGGCAACAGGAAGUGACAAGCACCACACCCUAUGCCCUGAGGCAGAAGCUGCUCCAGCUGAGGCUCCAGGAGGAGGAGCGACGUGGCAGGGGCACGGGAGCCACAUGUGCUCCUUUGGGAAAGAGUUGCGCACUGCGAUACAACUAAACUAAGUGCAAUAUAAGCUACAUUAAGUGCAAUAAAAUAUAAAAAUUCCUUAGAUUGUAACACUAAUUAUAAAGAUGUCUAAAUAAGAAACUAACAUGCAUUUCACUCAAGUAAAAACACAUCUCGAAUUUCAUAUUUAUUGCUAGUAUGUAUUUCAAUUUUUCUUUUAAUAAAACAGUGCUAUUUUGUUACAAGUGCUUCGUCAUUGUGUUCAUUUUGUUAAAUUUUAUUUUUUUUUGUUUAAUUUUUUAUCUCUUUUUAAAUGAUUUUUUUUGUUUGUUCGCUUAUUUUUGCAAUUUACGCUUUGAAUGCAUUAUUAAUUUACCCCAUUUGUCUUUUCUAAUUUCCUUCGUGAGGUCAAUUACACUUUAAUUUUACGAUAUUACGUUAUAGAUUUCUUAUGACUCGUGUUUUUUUUUUUUUGUUAAGUUUUGUUUUAGGGUUGAAAACAGCCGAUGUCGUACUGGAUCGCAUUAUUACAAGUACAUAUAUAUAUAUAGUCGUAAAUAUACGCUGAAUUCAUUACAACAUUGAACAGAGUACUAGAGUGUGAAAUAGACGAGGACUCAUACUUUUGCUUUUGUUUUCCAUAGGUUACGCGAUUGUUGUUAUAUUAGGUUGUUUGUUAGGUUUGUAGGUUGUCGGGCGGGGGGUGGAUUGGAUUAUACAAACGAAACCAUUUUGGGUAAGUUGCGUCCGGCUGCAUCGCUCCGGAUCGCUGCCUGCCUGGGCAUAAUACUUUAAUACUUGUAAUUGAAUGUGGCGGCCUUUAGCACUAGAAUGUUGCGACGUUAGUCGUUGAAUGCAAAAUACAUGGGGUAUACAUAAGUAUACUUGUACAAUAAACAGUGAAACGGUGUGUGCCUGUGUUUUGUUGCGCUGCUGUUUACAAAUAUUUCAUUACUUGCAUAUUUUCGUUUCGAUUUUGUAUUUUUGUGAUUUUCGUGUGAGUUUCACAUGCACUUAAUGGGUCUCUGGGGCUGCUUUCCUUUCGCGUGGGCGGGGGAUUUGAAGGGGGUAACAUUAUCUGCCUCGUCGCUGACAUCAGCACAGCAGAGAGCACACAGUGCCGCUGAAAAGCGUUCGCCUUAAGGUAGAUUUUCUUUCUUUCUUUUUUUUUUUGUAUAUAAACAUACUUUUCAGGGUUUUCCUUAAAAUCGUGUGUGCGUGCUUGCAUGUGGGCGGGGUAUGUGCGUGCGUGUGUGUGUGUGUGUAACGCAAAGAGUUAAAAAAAUAUUCACAAUAUUUGUUUAUUUUAAUAUUUUUGGUGUAAACAAUUCAAACUUAUGUAGCUUGCAACUUAAAUUGCUUUCCUCGUUUUAAAACUAAGUAAACAUGUAUCGAUGUAAAAUUUCUAUGUCAAUAUUACAAAAA